GACAGUCGCACGGCCAGCUUAAGACAGUCGCACGGCCACUAGAUCAGGCGAGAAGGUUUGGGGCUACCUAUAAUACAAGGUGGAAAACAAUGGCAAAGUGUGUGUUACAUGUUACUGUACCAGCUAGAUUUGCUAUAUCAGCAAGAGGCACUUCGUCAGCUACAGCUACUGACCACUGUACCAGCUACAGCUAUUGACCACUGUACCAGCUAGGGCUACUGUACCUAGAGUGUUAUAGUGGUUGCUGUACCAGCUGAAGUUGACUAAUCUUCAAUUGACCACUGUACCAAAUAGAUCACCGUACCACUUUACCAAACAGUUUUACAAGAGUCCCUACAUAAGCAUUAUUUAUAUCAUCGUACAACUGUACAACUAAGGAUUGUUGUACCCAAUAGUACCAUCUAUACAAGUAAAGACACCACUGUACCAUAUAUAGGGACCGCUGUGCCAGACACUGCAUCAGAGUGUACCACCACUUACAGGGACCACCCUGCCGUCUAUAGGACGUGUCUGAAACUGUGAGAUUCGAAUGGAUACUUCCCGUCUUCUCUAGCCAUGGUUGUAUUGUAUGAACUGACCAGUGAAACAUCCUAACUUUUCUAUAUGAGCUCGGCUUACCAUGGAUGUCCAUGUAUUAAAAUGUCCCUAAUGGCGUGUAACUGACCUUUCUGUCAUGGCUGCUGGACACUUGGACAUGAGCACAUCCCCGACAUACAGCGCCGGCCACAUGUCCAACUACAAUGUCGACCCAUCGCACGCCCCAGCCCAGGCUUACUACAAUGUCGCCACGACGCCCGUCCCCCUAGAGACCAACCUGAGCGAGUGUGACCAGAUCAUGUCGCAACUGCCCGGACCCCCACCCCUCUACGACAACCCGGUCCGGCUGACCAUCUCCGCCGUGCUGAUCUCUGUCCCCAUCCUGACCAUGUUCGGCAACUGUGUGGUCAUCCUGGCUGUGGCCACCCACAGAAAGCUCCGCACCAUCACCAACGCCUUCGUCGUGUCCCUAGCCCUGGCCGACAUGUGCGUGGCCCUGUUCGUCAUGCCGUUCUCCAUCUACCAGCAGCUCAACAACAAGGUCUGGCACCUGGGGCCCGAGCUCUGCAUGCUCUCCUCCAGCCUGGACGUCAUGAUGUGCACCGUCUCCAUCUUCCAUCUCUCCUGCCUGGCUAUUGACCGCUACCUGGCCAUCUGCAGGCCUUUCCUACACGAGCGCUUGACGGUCCGCUGGAUCUGUGUCAUGUUGACCUUGUGCUGGGUCACGCCCAUUUUCAUUUCUUUUAUUCCGAUAUUUAACGGCUGGAACCAUAUAGGAAUCGAAGACUUAGUUUCCUGCAUGUUUCCCUCAGACGCCGACGUCUGCAACUUUAUCGUCAACGUCCCCUUCGCCAUCAUCUGCUCGCUGAUUGCCUUCUACAUCCCCGUGAUAUUCAUGGGCGCCUGUAACGCUAAGAUCUACCUGGCCGCCAUAAAGCAGGCCCAUCAGAUCCGCACACUGGAGGCCGCCGGCAACCACAACCACUACAGCCACUGCAAACGGAAAAGCAAAUUCAAACAAGAAUCUAAAGCGGCCAAAACUCUGGGCAUAAUUAUGGGAUGUUUCUCUGUCUGCUGGUUCCCCUUCUUCAUCAUGAACGUGAUCGACCCGCUGAUUGGCUACUCGAUUCCCUACGUGCCGUGGCAGAUAGCGCUGUGGCUGGGCUACAUCAACUCCCUCAUGAACCCGCUGCUCUACUACUACUUCAACAGGAACUUCUACAACGCCUUCCGGCGCCUGCUCUCCUGCAAGGUCUGCAAGGGGGUCCGGGACUACGAGGAGGACGCGCUCAACGCCACGCAGAUGUCGGAAUGACUAGCGGCGUCCCACCGUGAGGGCCAUCGCCGCAUCAGUGGCCAUAGCUCGGCCAGCAGCACCACGGCCAACCUGCUGGCCCGCCACAGCAACGGCAUCGAGGAACUUCACGUGGGACGCAGCUUCAGCUCCAACAUCCGCGACAGCUCGGAGCACAACUUCCGCAUCACGUCCAGCCUGACGGCCGAGACCAUCGCUGACCACACGGGCUACUCCUGACAGGAGCUGACCCCUAGGGCUCUUUACUCUUUGAACAUGGAGGAGUGGCUCGAGUGAUGGUCAAGGUCACGACCUUUCACCUGCCACAACCUUGCCUGUGUAUAAAUUUCAUCAUUUUGAACCAGCGGAUUGGUUGGUUUGUUGUUUCCUUUCCGAUCUACUGUGAUGGGAUGUGGCGAGGUAAAAUACAGCUGGCAUUUAGAGAACUCAAAUACGUCUUUAUUUGAUCUGUCGACCAUUCCGGUAGAGAUACGAGGCUUU